GGCAGUGGAGGAGCAGCAGCGGCCAACGGCAGAUCGGCGUGUCAUGGGAGCAGACACGGCGGCCGUCACGGGCAGAGCAGAGCGAAGUUGGCAUGGCGGCUAGGCGGCUGUCCGGACUGGAUCCCGCCAUCACCACCAGCCACCGCCUCAUUUGUCCGUGUCCAUGUCGGCGAAACCAAGGGUAUGCCUCGUGUCCUGCGAGGUGACACUCCACCGCCACCGCUCUGCUGCUUCCGCCCUACGCUUCGCUCCCUCCGGUGCCAUCCUCACCUCCGACAAAAAGGACCUCUUGGACGUCAUUGCACAUGCUGGCCUCUUCCGACCCCGUGGCCACCGUGAUCAGGUAAUUGAUUUUGUGUUCCUGGAUUCGGGUAAGAAGCUAGUGACCUGCUCCAAGGACAAGGUUAUCUAGGUUUGGGACCUCGACACACAACACUGAAGGAAAUUUGCCCUAGAGGCAAUAAUGAUGUUAUUAUUUUAUUUCCUUAUAUCCAGAUAAAUGUUUAUUAUUCAUGCUAGAAUUGUAUU